GCGGCGAGAGCGGACUCCUGCGAGCGCAGAGAGGGAGGGGGAGAUGGAGGGCUGGAUGAGUCACGCGGAUAAUCGCGCUCUUCUCCAGCGCGCAAACAGCGCGGCAAGCGCGUAUGCUAGCAGGGGUGCGGACGCGUGACCGUGCCGCCCGCUGACCCCACCAGUCUUCGCGGGCUUCGAACCCAGGGAGCCGACAAUGGCGGUGAGUACGGCCCUGGUCGCGCAACGACCGAACCUGCGCCCGGUUCCUCGCGCCCCGCGCUGGGGCGGACGCCGCCGCCGACACCACUGCCGCCGGCGUCAGCUCGGCUCCAGCCCGCCAGCUGCCUGGCUGGCGUCACGGCCCGGCCCAGCCCCGCCCGCGCCCCUCCUUCCCCUCCCCCGCCCCCACGUGCGCCGAGUUUGUUGAUUUAGCUGCCAUAGCAACGAUGGAGGGGAGCCUCGGUGGGGCGGAGAGAAGAAAGGGAGGGGCGGGGCAUGGGAGAAGGCGGAGGAAAAGGCUGUAGCGAAGGAAGUUAUAAGUAAGGAGCGCGCGCCGGCGGCCGGCAGUUCCCCGACCAGAGAGAACGAACGUGUCUGCGGGCGCGCGGGGAGCAGAGGCGGUGGCGGGCGGCGGCGGCACCGGGAGCCGCCGAGUGACCCUCCCCGCCCCUCUGGCCCCCCACCCUCCCACCCGCCCGUGGCCCGCGCCCAUGGCCGCGCGCGCUCCACACAACUCCCCGGACUCCGCGCCCUGCGCCGCCGACCAGUUCGCAGCUCCGCGCCACGGCAGCCAGUCUCACCUGGCGGCACCGCCCGCCCACCGCCCCGGCCACAGCCCCUGCGCCCACGGCAACACUCGAGGCGACCGCGACAGUGGUGGGGGACGCUGCUGAGUAGAAGAGAGCGCAGCCCGGCCACCGGACCUACUUACUCGCCUUGCUGAUUGUCUAUUUUUGAGUUUACAACUUUUCUAAGAACUUUUGUAUACAAAGGAACUUUUUAAAAAGGACGCUUCCAAUUUAUAUUUAAUCCAAAGAAGAAGGAUCUCGGCCAAUUUGGGGUUUUGGGUUUUGGCUUCGUUUCUUCUCUUCGUUGACUUUGGGGUUCGGGUGCCCCAGCUGCUUCGGGCUGCCGAGGACCUUCUGGGCCCCCACAUUAAUGAGGCAGCCACCUGGCGAGUCUGACAUGGCUGUCAGCGACGCGCUGCUCCCAUCUUUCUCCACGUUCGCGUCUGGCCCGGCGGGAAGGGAGAAGACACUGCGUCAAGCAGGUGCCCCGAAUAACCGCUGGCGGGAGGAGCUCUCCCACAUGAAGCGACUUCCCCCAGUGCUUCCCGGCCGCCCCUAUGACCUGGCGGCGGCGACCGUGGCCACAGAACUGGAGAGCGGUGGAGCCGGUGCGGCUUGCGGCGGUAGCAACCUGGCGCCCCUACCUCGGAGAGAGACCGAGGAGUUCAACGAUCUCCUGGACCUGGACUUUAUCCUCUCCAAUUCGCUGACCCAUCCUCCGGAGUCAGUGGCCGCCACCGUGUCCUCGUCAGCGUCAGCCUCCUCUUCGUCGUCGCCGUCGAGCAGCGGCCCUGCCAGCGCGCCCUCCACCUGCAGCUUCACCUAUCCGAUCCGGGCCGGGAACGACCCGGGCGUGGCGCCGGGCGGCACGGGCGGAGGCCUCCUCUAUGGCAGGGAGUCUGCUCCCCCUCCGACGGCUCCCUUCAACCUGGCGGACAUCAACGACGUGAGCCCCUCGGGCGGCUUCGUGGCCGAGCUCCUGCGGCCAGAAUUGGACCCGGUGUACAUUCCGCCGCAGCAGCCGCAGCCGCCAGGUGGCGGGCUGAUGGGCAAGUUCGUGCUGAAGGCGUCGCUGAGCGCCCCUGGCAGCGAGUACGGCAGCCCGUCGGUCAUCAGCGUCAGCAAAGGCAGCCCUGACGGCAGCCACCCGGUGGUGGUGGCGCCCUACAACGGCGGGCCGCCGCGCACGUGCCCCAAGAUCAAGCAGGAGGCGGUCUCUUCGUGCACCCACUUGGGCGCUGGACCCCCUCUCAGCAAUGGCCACCGGCCGGCUGCACACGACUUCCCCCUGGGGCGGCAGCUCCCCAGCAGGACUACCCCGACCCUGGGUCUUGAGGAAGUGCUGAGCAGCAGGGACUGUCACCCUGCCCUGCCGCUUCCUCCCGGCUUCCAUCCCCACCCGGGGCCCAAUUACCCGUCCUUCCUGCCCGAUCAGAUGCAGCCGCAAGUCCCGCCGCUCCAUUACCAAGAGCUCAUGCCACCCGGUUCCUGCAUGCCGGAGGAGCCCAAGCCAAAGAGGGGAAGACGAUCGUGGCCCCGAAAAAGGACCGCCACCCACACUUGUGAUUACGCGGGCUGCGGCAAAACCUACACAAAGAGUUCCCAUCUCAAGGCACACCUGCGAACCCACACAGGUGAGAAACCUUACCACUGUGACUGGGACGGCUGUGGAUGGAAAUUCGCCCGCUCAGAUGAACUGACCAGGCACUACCGUAAACACACUGGGCACCGCCCGUUCCAGUGCCAAAAAUGCGACCGAGCAUUUUCCAGGUCGGACCACCUCGCCUUACACAUGAAGAGGCAUUUUUAAAUCCCAGACAGUGGAUAUGACCCACACUGCCAGAAGAGAAUUCAGUAUUUUUUACUUUUCACACUGUCUUCCCGAUGAGGGAAGGAGCCCAGCCAGAAAGCACUACAAUCAUGGUCAAGUUCCCAACUGAGUCAUCUUGUGAGUGGAUAAUCAGGAAAAAUGAGGAAUCCAAAAGACAAAAAUCAAAGAACAGAUGGGGUCUCUGACUGGAUCUUCUAUCAUUCCAAUUCUAAAUCCGACUUGAAUAUUCCUGGACUUACAAAAUGCCAAGGGGGGUGACUGGAAGUUGUGGAUAUCAGGGUAUAAAUUAUAUCCGUGAGUUGGGGGAGGGAAGACCAGAAUUCCCUUGAAUUGUGUAUUGAUGCAAUAUAAGCAUAAAAGAUCACCUUGUAUUCUCUUUACCUUCUAAAAGCCAUUAUUAUGAUGUUAGAAGAAGAAGAAGAAAUUCAGGUACAGAAAACAUGUUUAAAUAGCCUAAAUGAUGGUGCUUGGUGAGUCUUGGUUCUAAAGGUACCAAACAAGGAAGCCAAAGUUUUCAAACUGCUGCAUACUUUGACAAGGAAAAUCUAUAUUUGUCUUCCGAUCAACAUUUAUGACCUAAGUCAGGUAAUAUACCUGGUUUACUUCUUUAGCAUUUUUAUGCAGACAGUCUGUUAUGCACUGUGGUUUCAGAUGUGCAAUAAUUUGUACAAUGGUUUAUUCCCAAGUAUGCCUUAAGCAGAACAAAUGUGUUUUUCUAUAUAGUUCCUUGCCUUAAUAAAUAUGUAAUAUAAAUUUAAGCAAACGUCUAUUUUGUAUAUUUGUAAACUACAAAGUAAAAUGAACAUUUUGUGGAGUUUGUAUUUUGCAUACUCAAGGUGAGAAUUAAGUUUUAAAUAAACCUAUAAUAUUUUAUCUGAA